AAGGACCUUAACGACCCAACACUCACGAAGUACUUGGUCUAUGACGACAGCGAGUACUCCUCUGUCACUAAAACGGACGAAAUCAGCAUGGAGGUGGGCUGCCAGGCUUCCGAGGUGAGUACGCUCCUGGAGGCAAUGGGCAACGAUCCCAUGUUUUACCGCCGGAUCAAGCCGGAGGAGGGGAGCUUGCUACCUGGGGAUGGCAAGAAGCCCGGCGAGGGCGCCCACGAGUCGGGCAAUCCGCCCGGCGCCAAGCCCGGCGCCAAGCCCGCCGGUGUUGGCAGGGCAAAAGCCAAGGCAAAAGCAAAGGCCAAGUUUGCCAAGGUCCCUGACAACGUGACCGAUGAAACGAUGAAAGACUUCAUCAGCUCCUACAAGAGCGGCAUUUCGGAUGCCACAGGCGUGUGCGCAAAGCUCACACAAGAACUCGAAGAUUUGGAAACCCAAGACAAACUCAUCACCAUGAUAAACGCGGCUUCCGAGGGUAUGGCAAAGACAAGGCGAGACGUCUCCAACAUCAAGCUUGAGGAGGAUGAUGAUGCGUGGUCCAAGGUGUGUGCCAUCGUCGAGCGCACUCGGCCCUUCGUGGUGGC